AUGUCUUUUGCUAUCGUGCGACCAACUCCUGGUCACUUCCUGUGCUCUGAGAUCAGCAUGCUGUCCGAGGACGAUGAUAAUGGCAGCGAGGGUUCUGGAUCUGACGACAAAUCCUUCUGUAUGGCUGGCAAUGGCUACAACGCCUUUAAGUUGGGUGCUCGCAAAAAGAGAUACAGCUGCCGAUCGAUAGAGAUUCCCACAGAUUUCCGUCCCCAGAUCACUGAGGUGAGACAGCGGAACACAGCAAAUGCUCGAGAGCGGGAUCGCACAAAUAGCGUGAAUACAGCUUUUACUGCUUUAAGGACACUGAUACCUACCGAACCAGCCGACCGGAAACUGUCCAAGAUUGAAACGUUACGGCUGGCCUCAAGCUAUAUUUCUCACCUGGGGAACAUCCUGCUGGUUGGAGAGGAGUGUGGAGAUGGCCAGCCCUGUCUCAGGAGCUCUGGAGCCUUGUAUCAUCACCAUCACAACCUCCAGAAGAGCACAACGCCUAGCCCAGACUCAGAGAACUCCCAGCCCAGACAGAUCUGCACCUUCUGCCUCAGUAACCAGAGACGCCUGAACAAAGACAGAGAAAGAAAAGCAGCAUUAAGAAGUUAAUGCUGAGGAAAAGAGAGGAGAGCAUUCCCAUUGCAUCUUUCAGAAGAAACUCAUCUGACCAAAGUGCACAUUUGAUGUAAAUUUGCUGUAAAUAAGCUCUUGAAUGUACUUCUGCUUAAUCCAGUUACAACACUAUAAACAGGGGCAAAAGGUUACACCUGGACUUGAAGAUUUAAAAAUAGCAGAAGACAAAGAAGAAUGCAAGGAGGAACUUGUUGCAACAACUAAAUCACAUCACCUAACCAACAUGGAACCAACAAUCACACCAACAUUUUUGUCCCUUUUUCCCCUAUGAUAUUGUGUAUGCACUACAUGAAUGUUAUUUUCUAUACAGUGGCCCCAAAAAGUAUUUGGACACUUUUGGACCAUUAAGUUACACAUAAAAGUGUCUGAAUGUCAUUGCAUGAGCAUUCGCAAACAAAUGUCAAAUUGAUUUUUAUUGGAUGUGUGAAGUUACCCUCAAGUUCACACAGGUGUCCUAGCUGAGUAACUGAAAGGGGUCAUGUCUUGAGAAAUCAAAUUGUCCUUGAUAUUUUGACAUAUAAGAGGUCAUUGUUCUAUAAAAACAUACGUU